CGACACUGCGUCCUGCGAGCUGCCGAUGGACGGGAGAACGACUGUGCCAGAAGCGCUGUGGUAGCCAACUAACUAGUAUAUCUUCCUGCAUUUCGCAAAAUGGAUCGCUUCACAAACGCAUUUGAGGCGCUGCUCGCUGCGCUGGCCGACGCUGUAAAGCAGCUUGGGGAGGGCGGCCAGUACCCGCAGAGCCGGCAGCGCGUGGAGGAGGCCAAGCAGGACUUCAUCAGCUGCUGUGACGUCAUGUGCUUCCAGCUGAAACAAGGCAUGGACGUGAUCCGGGCGGAGAUGCAGCAGGCGGUGCCGGCGGCGUCAGUGCUGUCGGAUGCAGCCAGCCUUGACGCCGCACAAUUGAAACAGGUCCAGGAGUCGGUGGAGGCAUUCGCACGCAACCUGAAAGCCGGUGGCGCCGAGGCGGUGGCGGCGGCGGCAGCGGAGGCGGCGGAGGCGGCGGAGGCGGCUCAGGCGGCUCAGGCAGUACAAGCAGCUGCCGCCGCGGUGGCGGCUGCAGAGGCCGCGGCCGCGGCGGCGGCGGCAGCCGCGGCCGCAGGCCCCACUCACAUGGACACAAGCGGCCCUGGCGCAGUGCCCGCGGCGGCAGCAGGCAUGGUGGCGGGCAGUGCUAUCGCCGGGGUGCAGCCGGGAGGAGGUGUGGGGGUCAGCGGCAUCCCGGGCAUGCCCGGGGCUGUGCCGGUGCCGGUGCCGGUGCCGGUGCCGGGUGGGUACCCGCAGUCGGCUGCGGCGGCUGGGGUGCCGGGCAUGCCGGGCAGCGGUGUGGUGGUCAAGCAGGAGCCGCAGGCACAUGCGGAGCCGCAGGCGCACGCGCACCACCCCCACCACCUCCCAACGGGUGUGGCCCCGGUGGUGAAGGCAGAGCCGGGGCUGGCGCACGGUGCCAUGCCUGCAGCGGUGGGGUACGGCCCCGGCGGCGUGCCGAUUGUGGCGGCGCCGGUGCCACAAGGCGCAGCGGCACCCGCCGCUCCUGUUGCCGCACCUCACGCCGUGGUGGCGCAGCAACAGCAGCAGCAGCUGCUGCAACAUCAACAGCAGCAGCUGCAGCACCAACAGCAGCUGCAGCACCAACAGCAGCUGCAGCAGCAGCCUCCGGUCGGGUCGCCUGCUCAGGGCUACCAAAGCGGCGGCGGCGCUGCGGCUCCUGCGCCGGCUCCUAUCCCGGGCAUGCCCGGGGUUCCGGUAAUUAUGCCGCCGCAGCAGCAACAGCAGCAGCAACAGCAGCAGCAACAGCAGCAGCAACAGCAGCAGCAACAGCAGCAGCAACAGCAACAGCAACAGCAGCAGCAAGCCCUACACCAGCAGCAGCAACAGGCCAUGCACCAACAGCACCAACAGCAACAGCAGCAGCUCCAACAGCAACAGCAGCAGCAGCAGCACGUCAUGCACGCGUACCAGCAGCAGCAGCAGUCGGCGCCUCCGCAGCAGCAGCAACAGCACAUCCCGGGCAUGCCCAUGCAUCAGCACCAGCAGCAACAACUCCAGCAACAGCAGCAGCAGAUGGCGGCAGCCGCGGCCCCGGCGCCCUACCAGCAGUUGGCGCCGCAACAGCAACAGCUGCAACCGCAGCAGCAGUACCAGCAGCCACAGUACGUACAACAGCAACAGCCGCAGCAGCAGCCGCAACAGCCAACGCAGCAGCAGUACAUGCAGUACAUGCAGCAACAGCAGCCGCAGUACGGCCAGCCGCAGCAGUACGGCAUACCGCAGCCGCAGUACGGCCAGCAGAUGCCGCAGCAGCAACCGCAGCAGUACGGGCAGUACGGCUAUGCGCCGCACGCACAGCAGCAACAGCAGCAGCAGCCACAGCAAGGCUACAUGCAGCAACAGCAGCCAGGGCAGGGGCAGCCCGGUGUGUACGACGGGACAGGAGGCUACCGCUAGCGUCCGCUUGUGCUCAGUGAUGGAAAUGGAGUUGCAGCGACUGUGUCGCAUGCGGUGUGAUGGCCACACGUGUUACGUUUGACUUCAUGAGACGCGCGGAGCUUGUGGUGCGGCUUGGUUUACUCAUGAUGGGGAUUGGGGAGGGGAGCAUGGCUGCCCGGGAUUCUUGUGUACAGAGUGCCAACAAUGGCGUUGGUGGAUGGCUGGUGUGGGGAAUGCGACAAACGCGAGGCGCAGCAAAAAGGGAGCGGAUGACUGGAGGGUGUUGGGCUGUUGGCAAGGGGGGUGCUGAAAUACUGGCACGGAAAUACUGUAUGCAGGAAUGCAGGAUAGCAGGGUGACGACUCAGCUCGUGGACUGACUUCCAGGUGCGCCGGGCUCUGCUCUUUGUGGCGUCGUCAAUGAGGUCAACCAUCAGACGGUCCGCUCUUGUAUAGUUGUAAUGUCGCAAACUC